CUGGGACACAGAGAUAGAGGAUCAGGUGCUGCCAAGUUUCCAGUCGUUUGAGCAGGCUGGCUUCUCUGCAAGACCGGAUGGCUCCAUGUCUGACUUCAGUCCAAGUGUGUGCUUAUUUGGUGCUGCUGAAAAAUGGAAUAGAAGUCAGCGUAUGCAGGAUAGUUUGGAAGGAUAUUCUAGGACUAGAGGUAUUAAAGGUGAACCACGAGGUGGAACUCAGUCUGAUGCUUUUCUUGGAGAUGCAGGUCCAAAGGUGACUUAUGUGCCCCCUCCUCCACCGGAUGAUGAACAAGCAAUCUUUGCACGAUACCGAACAGGAAUUAAUUUUGACAAAUAUGAUGAAAACAGUGUUGACGUUUCAGGACUUGACCCUCCAGCACCUUUACUGACUUUUGAAGAGGCUAAUUUCUGUCCAACUUUAAAUAGCAACAUUGCUAGAGCUGGAUACUACAAACUUACUCCAGUGCAAAAGUACAGUAUUCCUAUUGUACUGGCAGAACGGGAUUUGAUGGCAUGUGCCCAGACAGGGUCAGGGAAAACGGCAGCUUUUCUUGUACCAAUUGUGGCCCACAUGAUGAGAAAUGGUGUGACUACCACUAGCUUCAAAGAUCAGCAGGAACCGGAAUGUAUUAUUGUUGCCCCCACUAGAGAACUGAUAAAUCAAAUCUUCCUUGAGGCAAGGAAGUUUGUGUAUGGAACUUGUAUAAGGCCUGUUGUGAUCUAUGGAGGUACACAGACAGCCCAUUCAAUUCAUCAGGUAAUGAAAGGCUGUAAUAUACUGUGUGCCACACCAGGAAGGCUUCUAGACAUCAUUGGAAAAAAGAAGAUUGGUUUGCAUAAUAUAAAACAUUUGGUGCUAGAUGAAGCAGACCGUAUGCUUGAUAUGGGCUUUGGGUUAGAUAUGAAGAAGCUGAUUUCUAACCCAGACAUGCCAUCAAGAGACAAUCGUCAGACACUAAUGUUCAGUGCCACUUUUCCUGAAGAAGUUCAGAGGAUGGCUUGUGACUUUUUGAAACCAAAUUAUUUAUUUGUUGUUGUUGGACAUGUGGGCGGAGCUUGCAGUGAUAUUGAACAAAGUGUCCUUCAGGUUUCUCAGUAUUCGAAGAGGGAUAAACUGGUAGAAGUUCUACAGAGCAUAGGUAAUGAACGGACCAUGGUGUUUGUGGACAAAAAGAAAAAAGCAGACUUCAUUGCAGCCUUGCUUUGUCAAGAAAAAAUACCAGCCACAAGCAUCCAUGGAGAUAGAGAACAGAGAGAAAGAGAAAUGGCUCUUCAGGAUUUUCGUUCUGGAAAAUGUCCUGUUCUCGUGGCGACUUCAGUGGCUGCAAGAGGUCUGGAUAUAGAGAAUGUUCAACAUGUUAUUAAUUUCGAUCUUCCUUCCACCAUUGAAGAGUAUGUACACCGAAUUGGACGGACUGGUCGUUGUGGAAAUAUAGGCAGAGCAAUUUGCUUCUUUGAUUGCAGUUCAGAUGCCCAUCUUGCACAGUCUUUAGUUAAAGUGCUUUCAGAUGCGCAGCAGGAAGUUCCUGUUUGGUUGGAAGAAAUUUCUUUUGGUGGUGUACAAGGAGAAACAAGCUUUAUGUCAGUUAACAACAAAAAGAAAUACAGAGGUCAAGGCAACAUGAAUCCAGGAAGGAUGAACCUGUCAUAUUCUACAAAUGCCUUGGAGCCUGAGUCAUGGGAUUAAAUGUAAUACCAAACUAAAUGGUAUUCUGUUGUCCUUUAACU